CGACUGAGGCGCCACCGCCGCCUGCUUGCAAGCCAUGGGCCGGAGUCUGCUGCUGAGCUGUGCUGGGCUGAGCCGGAGGGGGCCGCGACUCUGCUUAAAUGGAAGCCACUUCUGGGAACUUGAUGGUCUCUACUGACAUAGGCUUUGCAUAGCCACUGUACCACCCCAGAGAUUGCAAUGAGUGGAGGAGGAGAACAGCCGGAUAUUCUUACUGUGGGGAUAUUGGUAAAAGAAAGAUGGAAAGUGAUAAAGAAAAUUGGAGGUGGAGGAUUUGGAGAAAUUUACGAUGCAAUGGACAUACUUACUCGAGAGAACGUUGCACUGAAGGUGGAGUCAGCGCAGCAGCCAAAGCAAGUUCUGAAAAUGGAAGUAGCUGUGUUGAAAAAACUGCAAGGGAAAGAUCAUAUUUGUCGAUUUGUAGGCUGUGGAAGGAAUGACAGAUUUAAUUACGUAGUCAUGCAAUUGCAGGGGCGGAAUUUGGCAGAUUUGCGUCGAAGCCAAACUAGAGGGACUUUCACAAUUAGUACGACAUUGCGUCUUGGGAAGCAAAUUCUGGAGUCUAUUGAGAGCAUUCAUUUGGUGGGAUUUUUACACAGAGAUAUUAAACCAUCUAAUUUUGCUAUGGGACGCUUUCCUAGUACUUGGAGGAAGUGUUAUAUGCUGGAUUUUGGCUUGGCACGUCAGUUUACAAACUCAUGUGGAGAUGUCAGACCACCCCGAGCUGUUGCUGGUUUUAGAGGUACAGUGCGGUAUGCAUCAGUCAAUGCUCACAGAAAUAGAGAGAUGGGACGUCAUGAUGAUCUUUGGUCUUUGUUUUACAUGUUGGUGGAGUUCGUUGUUGGACAACUGCCCUGGAGGAAAAUUAAAGACAAGGAGCAAGUAGGCUCUAUAAAAGAGAGGUAUGAUCACCGUCUGAUGCUGAAACAUCUUCCUCAAGAAUUUAACAUCUUUCUAGACCACAUUUCUUCUUUAGACUAUUUUACUAAACCUGACUACCAGCUUCUCAUGUCCGUUUUUGAUAACAGUAUGAAGAAUUUUGGGGUGACAGAGAGUGAUCUGUUUGACUGGGAAAAAAGUGGGGCUGAUGGUUCUCUCACUACUACCACCACUUCCACUACUCCUCAACUGCAUACUCGACUGACCCCAGCUGCUAUAGGAAUUGCCAAUGCUACGCCAAUACCAGGAGAUUUAUUACGAGAGAAUACAGAUGAAGUAUUUCCCGAUGAACAACUCAGUGAUGGUGAGAAUGGUAUCCCUAUUGGAAUCUCACCAGAAAAGUUACCAGAGUCCCCUGGACAUCGUCUUCAGGAAAAGGAUGUGUGGGAAGAAAUGGAUGCUAAUAGGAAUAAGAUUAAAUUGGGCAUACAUAAAGCUACUACAGAAGAAGAAAACAGUCAUGGGCCAAUGAAUGGAAUGUUUACUGCACCAAGCCUUGGUUCUCCAAUUAGAGUCCGUUCAGAGACCACACAGCCAGAUCGGGAUGUUCCUCUGGUACGAAAGUUACGAUCAAUCCACAGUUUUGAACUGGAGAAGCGCCUGACUUUGGAGUCAAAGCCAGAUGCAGAUAAAUUUUUGGAAAUAUGCAUGGAAAAAAAGAAAAGAGAUCUUAAUAGUGGCAAAGAACCUGUAAUUCUAGCUUCUCAGAAAACACGUGCUCCCGCAGCUUCUUCCUGUCAGGAACAUGUCUGGCAUUAUGAUGAAGAGUAUCUGCCUGAAGCUUCCAAGCUGGUGUCAGGUCCUUCUCCAGAACAGGGUGAUGGUGGUGUUAGCAACGGAUAUGUCGCUGUCAAUUUGAAUUCUUGCCAGCAGGAGGUAGACUCUAAGGAAUGGGUGAUUGUUGAUAAAGAGCAGGACCUUCAGGAUUUCAGAACUAAUUGUGCUACAGGGCAUAAAACAACUGGAAGUCCUUCUGAUGAAGAACCUGAGGUACUCCAGGAUUUUGAAGAGUCCCCCCAAGAGGAUAAACCUGGACUUCAAACCAAGCAUACACCUGAUGGAGCAGCACUUAGUUUAGGCGCUGAAUGUUGUGGAAUUGCAGCUUCUGAACAGUUUACAGAUCAACUAGAACUCCCAGUUGGAAUUGCUGGCCAUGCUCUUGCCGUCACACCUACAAGCCUAAUGGAGGCACAAGCAGAAGGGGCUCUUACUCCACUCAGCUCAUUUCAUAUGUCGCAUUUCUCCAUCCCACGAAUUUCAAGCCCCAACAUCUUCUAUACUCUGAACCCUAUCUCCCACCUCAUCACCCACAUGGAUCCUAAGAAAGUGACAAGCUUUCCAAGGAGUCAAUCAGCAGAGAGCCACUCUUCCUCUUCCUGGUCACCUUCCUGUAGGCAACUUCCUGUUAUUCCCUCUGGAAACAAGUUUCCCCCUGUCAUUCACAUCUCAAAAGCACAACUCCAGCAGGUUACAAUCCCCAGGCCAUCAAUGGCAUCCACACAGUCUACUUCUGAGAGUUUUCAUUACGGGCAGCAUCUAGACAAGAAAGAUCGGGAUCCUCGGGUUUUGGAACAUACAGUUGAACUUUCCUCCCCUAAGGAGAAUGUUGCUGCCUUGGUUGAAGCAAAUGGUGCAUUGACUUUUAGCAGCAGUAGAACAGAUUUAGUUCUCAAAUUAGAUUGCAACCAAGGGACACUUGAUAAAGAUGUUGAUGAAGGCAUUGAAAAUCAGAAUAAUAGCCAAACAAAUUUCCUUGAACAAUACAUGAAGAAACAAGAAGGAAGGGAAAACGUGAAUCUUGUUGAAGGAAUAGAUGACAAAGAGCCUUUCAUUGCUUGUGAAGAUGCCGUUGAAAUACAAAUUAAGGAACCCUGCUUAACUGCUUCAAGAAGCACAGAAUCUGUUUUGGAUGGACCUCAGGUUAUUACAGACCCAGAAGAACCAAGACCUUUAGCCAGCUGCUCCUUACUAAAUCAGGGUACAAAACAGGAAUUACAGAAACAGUCAGCUGCUGAAACAUCAGACGUUUCUCUGUCAAGAAGCACUGACCUAUUUGCUUACAAACAGGAAAGUCAAGAAAUACAAGUACAUGAAAAUGGCUUCCAUGAUGAGGAUAUUGAUCAUGCUAAGGAAUUGCAAUGCCAGCAAGUGAAACUUGCCACACUUUUGCAUGAAACAGAAAAAGAAGAGCAAAGUAUUCAAAGAAAUGGAGAACUAUUCUAUUCUAUUUCAGAGAAUGAAACUUCUAGUCAGUCCAAAAGAGAAUUAGUUAGAUCGCCAUUUGUAGCUAGGCAGAGUCGCAUACCAGUUUUAGCACAAGAGCUAGAUUCCUCAUCAGAAUCUUGUCCUGUUUCAGCAAAGGAGAAGCUACUUCUAAAAAAGGCCCACCAAACAGACUUGGUUAGAUUAUUGGUAGAAAAGCGACAGCUCAGAUCUUUCCUGGGUGACCUUUCAAGUGCCUCCGACAAGUCACUGACGGAAACAGCAGUAGCAGGUCCCAUGCCAUUUUCAGAAGAUGUAUUGACCUUUUCCAAAUUAACAUUGGACACUCAUUUGCGGAGUCAAGUACAAGAGAGCUUUUUGUCAUCAAAUAAUCCUCAACCCAGAAAGAGCAAAAUACCAAGACCUGUAUCUUGGACUACUACAGAUAAUAUUAGCACUUCAAACUCAGCUCAGUUUUUUCCUCGGCCACCCCCAGGAAGGCCACCAACAAGGCCUGGAGUAGAGGUUAGGUUGCGGAGGUACAAAGUGCUAGGAAGUAGCAGUUCUGAUUCAGACCUGAUCUCCCGCCUGGCUCAGAUCCUUCAGAAUGGAUCUCAAAAACCACGAAGCCCUUCACAAUCUAAGAGUCCAGGAUCUCCACAUAGCCCCAAGACUCCACCCAAAAGCCCAGUCAUUCCCAGACGCAGUCCCAGUUCCUCCCCUAGGAGCUCUUCUCUGCCUCGUACUGCCAGCUCUUCACCAUCUCGGGGUGGAAGGCCACACCAUGAGCAGAGAAGUUCAUCCCCACAUCUUGGAAGGAGUAAAUCGCCUCCUAGUCUUUCAGGCUCUUCAUCUUCCAGAAGAUCCUGUCAACAAGAGCACUGCUACAACAAAUCUAGCAAAAACGGUCUGAAAGGAUCUAGUAGCUCUUGCCAUCACUCUUCUAGCAUUAAACCUCCCACUGGGAAGAACAAAUCAGCCAAUAAACUUAGCAGAUAGGAACUGAAUCUUGUCAGGUGUCAACCCCCCUCUCCAUUCAAUCUAAUGCAUGUUGUGUCUGUGUACUAUGUAUUUUAAAAAAGGGACCGUCUUCAAAGAUUAGCAUUUAUCUUGACUUUUGGAGAAAAACUUUUCAGAUGAAUUAUUUAUAUGGCUCACUUUGUAUAGGAGUGGCCAGGCAUUGCCCAAGAGUGGGCAGCAAGCAGAUCAGGGAAGCUGGAGAGUGGAGAUGGAGCAGCCAGAAAGUCCAUCUGGAAUCACAUUGUUUGGGAGAUUAGUGUUUUAAUAUGAUUUUUCUUUCCUUUUUAUUUAUUAAAACAAUAAGCUGACUCUAGAUUUUCAUCAAGGAAAAUUAUAAAACCUGAAAGAAAUGUACUGGGACACUACUAUGCUUGAGGUUUAAUCAGCUGCUAUGUUUUUAAAGAUUUUAAAAAGCACAUUAUUUGGGACAGAAAAUUCUACAAAGUCUUCUGUGUAAUAUUGGCCUUUUUCACAAACAAUUUCACUUUGUUCAUUGCCCACAUUCCUUCUUGAUUGAUAAUUAUCAAAAGAAAAAAGUAUUUAUAUAAUUGCACAGGAUUACAGCCCUGUAUUUUAAGAGCUUGAGGUAACAACGUGUACUUAUAUUUACAGAUCCCAAAGCUUCUAUUAUCUGUUUGGGUUCUGAUCCAUUUGAUUACUUAACUGUUUAUUCAUUUCUAGGGCCAGUUCCAGUUAUAAAAUAAAAGUCAGAUAAUCUUAAAUUAUGGUAGAAAUACAAAGGGUUUGGGAUCAUGUAACAUCUUUAUAGUUACAUUAGAAUGCAAUCACUUCUCAGGGCAUCACUGAGAGAGCCAGUGUAAAACUUAACUAGAAUCUUUUAUCUUUUAUGAAAUACUUCAUUCACUUAACUUUACUACAAUGUUCAUCUCCAGUGUUAUCAAACUGAAGAAGAGGUGAAAUGUUUACACAUUUAAACUUGAAACUUCAUCCUUAAUCUAGAAGAAAAUUGAAGCUUUAAACCUCUUUAUAAAAGUGACUGAAGUAUGCUAGAGAAAAUUAGCAGAUCCUUUAUUUUCUCUAGGAGGUAAUACUUGCUAAGAUAAAGUUACAGGACUGUGUUUGAAAUGUUAAAGUAUCUAAUCCUAUAUUGUAUAGAAAAAAGUAGUAUGCGCAUUUCCCAAUAUGUACAGAGCCAAUACCUGACCAAUAGUGCUGUAUCUAUGAAAGGGGAUCGCAGCAUCCUCAUGAUUUUGCCAUAGUGUAGAUGUACAUGGUAGAUUCCCUCCCACUUCCUUCAAAAUAUGCUUGAUUUGAAAUAUGGAAAAGAGGACACUAAAACUUGUGUUUAAAGAUAGUCUUCCAUUUCCCCAAAAUAUUAGUUAAUGAAUAAGGUUGGCAAUUUCUAGUUUUCCCAAACUUAGGUGUGAUUGAUUUAGAUUGCCGGAUUCAGAAAUCAGUGAUGGAACGGAAUACAAUGUAGAAUGUAAAGUACCGUAAGUAUGACCUGUUCUUUAAAUGGAGAUCUGGAUUAGAAGAAGCUAAAUAUAAGAGGAAUUUAGGAAAUUACUGAUCUGCUUGUUGUAGUCAUCAUUCGCCUUAGCCAGCAUAAAUUCUUUUAAAUUUAAUGUUAUUUUAUUUGCUGCCAAAAUUGUAACUCUGGAUUAAAAAGGGAACAUUUUCUCUGUGAGCUAACACAUUUCUAAUGCUGCAUUGAAGCUGCACUGAAUUCUCUUGUUCUGUCAGAAUGUGUUGGAAAUUUUUUACUCCUAAAUAUGUAUUUUCCCCCAUAAGUAAUGUAGCACAGUGUGGAAUUGUAGCCUCAUUCAGGUUUCAAGCACUACAGAGGGAGUGCACUAGCUGGAGCAUAUUUGCUAUACUUUGAGAAACUGAAUGAUUUAAAAGAUCUGUUGUAUUAUAUUGUAUAAUAGGUGCUAUACCAAUAAUUGCAUGUUCUUAUAGUAAGUUAUAUAUUAUAAAUAUUUAUAAAUAUAUACAUACAUACACAUAUAUGCUUCUAUAAACUUUCCCGAUUUUCCCAUUACAUUUGUAAAAUUAUGGACCACAGAUCAUGCUGUAUUCUUUCAGUUACGUGCCUGAAUUAUAUGCCCUUGGCCUUGCUAUUCCUGUUUGCUGGCAUGCACAAAGCUGAAUAUUUUUCAUGCUCAGUUCAGAACAGAAAGAGUAUUCAAAAUGGAGUUGCUUGGCAAUUCAGUGUUUCGUAUCGGCAUUGACAGUUCACUUUUACAAUUCUGAAUAAAAUGGAAGGACUUUGAGAAACUAUGUGUUUAAUAGCCAAGGUCAGUGUAGGGUCUUGAUUUUGUCUUUUCAUCCUCUUUCUGUAUCUUUCUAAUCCCUUAUGAGAACUUUUUCUGUUAAAGUGUGUGUCAUGAUACUGUUGGUGAUAAAUAGAAAUGUGUGAUAUAAAAAAAGUCAAGACUUUUUCUUCAUCUUGUCUUGCCAGCUUUUACCCCGGUUCUCUGCUUGUUGCAACAAUGCAGGGACUCUCUCUUUAGGCUACUGACAGUAAAAAAAAAAGUCAGGUUUUUUAAAAACAUUUAUCAGCUCUAUAGAGAUACAUUCAGCCAAGCACGUUAUUCCAAUAACUUAGGUGCUUGAAAUAUUCUACAUGUUCAGCUCUUUUCCAAUAAGUGCUUCCAGGGAAUGUAUUGUGAAGCUGUAUAUUUGAGUUGAUACAAAAAACAACAAAGCUUUAUCAUUUCUUUAUUAUAAUUCCGUUUUGGGGGAUUGAUAUCAAUUCAUCUGGUUUCUCAAGUCCAACUUCAAAAAGCCUUCCUUUACAUAUAACCAUUUUAAAAUUAUUUGCAUAAUCUGCAAGGUUUUUUUAAAUAUAUAUAUAUAUAUAUAUAUUUUACAUUACACCUAAGGAAUAAUAUUUCUAGACAGUCCCUGGAGGAACUCCUUCAUAAAUAUGUCCAGAGCAUCAGUAUUGUAAGAACAGUUUCCCUUGCAUGUAUGGAGAUGCAUAUCCCAAAGAUUUAUUUUCAUGCUUUGCUGUCAGGGACAAAACAAUAUCUAUUCUAUGCAUUAACAAAAAGAAUGUUGUAGAAAUAUUAUACAUUUCUCUUACAAAUGGUAUAUGUAUCCCAAUAUUACCGUAAUGUUCAGAUUCUUUUCUGUUAAAAUCAUUUGUAUUUCUUUCCAUGUUGUAGAAAUGCAAGGAGGCAUGUUCCAGAGUAAAUGGUCAUUGUGGAAAGCACAGGUUAAUGUCAAUGUGUUUUUAAUGUAUUGAGUGGAUUCACUUUUUAGUUUGUCAUUCUGCCAAAACAUAAUAUAAUAGUUAUUAGAAAACCAAUGGUUUACUAACAAAGCUUUAAAUUAUUGUAAUAGACUACUAUCAUCUCUCUCAUCUUUCUGUAGUAAUCAAUGAUUUUGUUACUAAUGUGCAUUGUUCUUUCUGCAACAUUUACUGCUUCGGGAAGCAAACCAAAAAAGUAUUGUGAGUUAAUCUUGAUUACAAUACCUUUAGUUAAUAAAAUAAUUGUGCUUGUAACUUUGAGAAAGAAUGUAUUAAUUUAGUUUGUCUCAAAUAGUAAGUUUCAAGAUUAAUGUUAGUAAAAGACAAGACAAUUAAUAUGCAUGGUUUAAUCUGAAUAAGCAAGUCCUGCCCUCCACAGCUUGAGCCAGAAUAAAAAAUGUUUUUUAUUCUUUCUGUAGAGUUCAUAGAACAUUUAGCCAAUUAAACUCAACGAGAGCACCAUCUACCCUCAUUCAGACCUGCUCUGUCGUAUGAAUGAUCAGAUGUUGAUAUACUGGCUCUGGCACUGUUGCUCUAUGCUGAAAAGUUACUGCUUUAGGGAUCCACAUUAUCCUGGGGUUUUAGCAAGAAUUUAAAAAAAAUAUUCCUGCCAGACUGUUGAGGGUUGGUUAGGGGUGGUGGCGGCAUAAUUUUUUAGAAUUAAAGGUACAUUGCAGGCACAUUAAUUCUUACAUCAUAUUUUUGUCUACAGUGUAAUUGUACUGCAUGGAGCCAAAAGCAGCUGAAACUUACCAUCUGUAAUGUCUUUGUAGGCAAAUGCAUACUCUUAGGACAAAACAAACAGAUAGGUUUACCUUUGCAUCAGAGAUAAUUUGUCCAUUUAUAUUGUAUUUGUAUCAAAAACAUGGAGCUCCAGGUGUAGUCUUCUUUGCUUAGGUUUCUUAAAAGUCAAGAAAAUGCCUUGACAUUUUGUUCUUGAUAGUGUUCAGAAGUUAAAUUUGCUUGGUCAUCUUUUUCUUCAAGUAGGACAGUUCUAAUCAGAGCUAUAGGUCUUUGCUCUUAGAGUUUGAAUAGAUGUAGUUCUCUAAUAGCUUAGUUGCUUCCUACAAUAAAUAUAAACAGUGCCAGUUGUCUAUUCUGUAAUAGUAAUCCGUGUAAUAUAAAAGCAGUUUCCAGAAGACAAAGAACAAUAAUUUUAAUAUAUGGAUACUGAAUGAUAUAGAAUAUAUACUUUUUAACACCCUUAAACGUGUGAAAGAAUGCCUGCAUUUUUCAAAAUCUAUCCAUCAUCUUAAAAUAUUGCUUUUACAUUAUCUUUUUCUGUGGCAAGUAAAAUAUCUUAAUGUGGAAAAAUAAGGACAACUGGUUUAUAUCUUAGAGAGAAAAAUCUUUUUACAUACGAUUUAGAAUGGAAAAUUUAGAUGGUUAGUCUCAGCUGGUACGUUGUCAACUAUGCUAUGCUUGCUAUGCUAUGCUAUCUUCUCUAGUUAUGAUCAUUUAAUGUUUGACAUUUGGGUUAAUUCAGUCUCUUGUUUAGGUAGCAUUGAUCUUCUAGUGCCAGUCUUGCUUAGAGAAUGGAUCCUUAAGACCAUCCGGUCUUAAGAGGUUUCUUAAAUUACAAGAGCACCUUUCAAUUCAGCCAUAAGAGAAUCCAACAUGAUGUCCGUUCCCUGCUGUCUUUUCUUUUAGUGUACCAUUAAUUUUGCUGCUGAGGUGUGGAGAGGUGAGGACAUUCCUACAUUAGGCAAGUCAUGAGGAAAACAUGCAGAUUCUGCGAACUGCAUUAACACCUCAGAGACAAUUUGGAUAAAUGAGAUCCCAUGUCUAUAAUAUAUUGUCUGCUUUGUUUAUGAGUCAUGACUAAUAAUAGCUAAUAUAUACUUCCCUGAAUUGAUUGUGUACUCAACUAGAUAAUCUGACUGCACAAUCUCUUCUGUUGUUGUAUAUUAAAUAUAAAAAAACCACGAGAUUUCAUGCUUAUGGUUUUUGUUUGUAUAAUCUUUUUGCUUUACCAAUUUUUUUUUUCAAGGAAAACAGGUUAAGGAGAUAGGUGGGCCCAGUCCUCAAAUCAGAUGUGUGGAGACAUUUGUUAGUCUGCAUGCAUUUUAACAACCAGUUGACUAACAAUAUUCAUAUGUUCAAUGUUCAAAUUAAAUUAAAACAAAUAUGAACAGAAAUAUACAUGUAAUGCUGCUUUUUCUACAAUUUUUGCAUUCUAUUUCAGAUACUCAUUCAUAUAAUUCAAUGCAAUAGGCUGUAUGUUGAGAGAAAGAAAUAAUAAGAACUACUAUCUGGUCUUGUUUUUUCUUAAAUUUAGUGAUAGCUUCGUUACUCCAGUACUAUUAAUUGGUUUCUAUCAUUGUUUUAGUAACACUAAUAAUGGCAAACCCUUAAAACUAGAAAAUAUUUCAAUUUAACUUCUAUGGUUCUUUAGAUGAGCAAGUUGUUUUUAUGAACACAGUUCAGCUUGCUUAUAGACAGUUCAAAGAAAGGUAUUCCUUUUGUACUGCAAUAAUUUAUCACAAGGACAUUUUAAAUGUAGAAAGCACUAUGAUGAGAUACAGAGAGAAUCUAAGUAAUGAUAUACUCCUUUAUAUCUCCAAUUUUCACAUAAUUCUCUGUACUCAGGUUACAGUUCAAAAAAUUUGCUUUUGCUAAUAAAAGGAGCUCAUUACCAUACUUUAACUGGAGUGAUCAUUUGAAAAGAAAUUUCUUCAAAACUUAUCAAAGUACGUGAAUUGUUAAAUUUACUUCUUAGAUUGUAAACAGGAACUUUGCUUUGAUAAUUUUUGGCUUUUGUUCCUCUUAAAUUUCAGCCUUUUGCCUUAAUUUUCUACUGGGAAUAUUGGGUUAGGUCCAGAUUGUAAUUUGCCAGCAGGACUGUCCCAGAAUUGAAUAAUGCAGUACACUCUUUCUGCUGGAAAAUGGGGGAAAACAAAAGCAGAUUGGGAGUCAGAUAGAAUAUUACAGGAAGAGAGGAAUUACUGAAGAUUCCCCCUUCCCUAUUUAUUCUUCAAAAAGGAAAAACAAAACAAGGAGAAUAAUGCCUCAUCCCACUAAAUUGUGGUUUCUAAACUUGGCAUAAAUUAGUGCAAAAGUUCCUAAAUUAUUUCUUAUUAAAAUAAUUGAAAGAAUGAAUUAAGGAAACAAAAAGUCAAUUUGGUAAUGUUUUUUUCCUUAAAACCUGGAAGACAGACUGUAUAGUGCUAAAACCAGUAUCUCUCCCCCAUAUAUAGUUGCUGCUGCUAGGUAGAAAUAAUUUUCAGGGGCCAAGAAUAUUGAUUGAUCUUUUCCAUCCUGGAGCAGAACAGGGAACACAUAAAUAGUCCAUUGGGGAUUGAUCUUUGCUGAAUUGUGUCUAUGUUUUGUGUGCUCAUAUUCAAGUAUUUCAUUUCAGUUUGGCAUAAAGUGGGAGCCACUGAGCCCUUCCCAGUUCUCUCUGCUUUGCAAAGUAACAGUUUAGGUCUCAGAUCUGAGGUGUUUCAGCUAUCUGGACCAGUACAAAGGAGAGUAAUAUUAAUGCUGUGUUGACAGGUAAAAGCUUGCCUUAAAGAGGAUGUGUUACACAGCUCCUCGGAUUCUCUAGAAUAGGUUCUCUAACUUCCGGUUGCAUGUUGUUCCUCAGUGAUCAGAAAGUAAAUAUCUAAAUCUUUCCCUUUAUUAGUGAAUUAUUCAUGGCCUGUUAUGUUUUAUGUUUUGCCUUCUUUAUUGCAAAAAAAUAAAUAAAAAUCCAAAUAAAUUAAAAUUAAAUUUCAAAGCCAGGGGUGAAUAUUAAUUUGAAAAUACUCAACAGUCUGACUUUUGUUUUAAAUUAGAAAAGCCAUCCAUUAUUUAUUCAGAAAAUACUAUUUCAAGGAUAAUACAAUGAAUUGAGAUAAAAAAUAUUCUGGAGAGGUAACUUAGUAGUAUCAAGAAUUUCAAACUUUUCUUUCCUUGCGUUCAGAGUUCAGAUUAGAUGUCUUACCGUUUUUGCUCAGUCAUUCAGAAACAAGGUAUUGACAAUGGUGUCUUUAUAAUGCUCAUUUGUACAUAAAGAUGUAGUUAUUUAUUUUACCCCAUUUGUAUCAUAUCAAGUUUUUGUAAAUGUUUUGAGUUCUGUUUUUAAAUUAUUUUGUAUUUUAUUUUUAUAAACUGGUUCUAAAUAAAAAUCAUUCAGCAUGCAAACAA